AGCUUGGUCAUAGCAAAAUGGCGACCGGAGUUGGAAAACACAAGGUGCUCGCCUUGGGGCCGACGGAGCCAUGGUCGGUCAGAGAGAAGCUGUGUUUGGCAUCCUCCGUCAUGAGAAGCGGAGACCAGAAUUGGGUGUCCGUCAGCAGAGCUAUAAAACCCUUCUCAGAACCAGGGCGACCCCCAGACUGGUUCUCCCAGAAGCACUGCGCCUCCCAGUAUUCAGAGCUGCUGGAGACGACCGAGGCCCCCAAGCGAAAGCGGGGGGAGAAGGGCGAGGUGGUGGAGACGGUGGAGGACGUGAUCGUGCGCAGGCUGACGGCCGAACGGAUCGAGGAGCUGAAGAGGCUGCUCCGAGACACACAGGAGAAAUACAGGAAGCUGAAGAAGGAGGCGGAGCUUAUCCAGGCGGGGCAUCUGGACACAAAACUAGAGGAGCUGUGGGGAGAGAUUGUGCAAAAGAAGAAACAGGAGGAAGAGGAGGCAGAGCAGAAGAGGAAGGCCACCGAUGCAGCUUAUCAGGUUCGGCAGGCGGUAAAGAACACCCCGAAGCGGGUGACCAGUGUGACCGUACGCUCCCCGCUGGGCAGCAGUUCGCCCAGUCUGGAGUCACCCCUCCCGGACCCCCCCCAGCCCCCACCAGAGGAGCCCAGCGCCACGCCCGCUCCCCCGGGCCCGGCCGUGUUCAUCCCCCUGCCGGAGCCCUCGGGGGGCCCGCCCGUAGGCCCGGAGCCCAGCCUGGGGCCUCUCCUGGAGGACUCCCCGCAGAAGAAGCUCCUGAGCCAGAAGGCCACUCCGCCGGCCUCCCCCCUGCUCUCUGAGCUGCUGAAGAAGGGCAGCCUGCUGGCCGCUAGCCCGCGCCUGGUGGGAGACGGAGACAUACCUGCAGGCCUGGCGAAUGGAGGCACCGCCAUCUCCACCGGACAGGCCACCACAGGUGCUCCCACGCUGUCCCGUCUGCUGGAGGCCAGCCCCGCCCAGUUCCCCGCCCCCCUGGGCCCAUUGGCUGCCCCCGAGCCCAAUGCCCACCCCCCUCCUGCAGCUGCCCCUGCAACGGACAGCACCACCUCGCACAGCACAGGAGAUGACCCAGGCCUCAGCACGGAGCCCACGGGGAGCCCCUCCCCAGAGGAGGUGAAGGCGGAGCUGGGGGAGGAGGACCUGGUGGCCGUGUCCUACAUGGGGGACGAGCUGGACCUGGAGACUGUGGGCGACAUCAUCGCCAUCAUCGAAGAGAAGGUGGAUGACUGUGCCGAGGCCCUGGACGCCGCGGCGGUGGAGGCGGCCCUCUCUCUCUGCGAGGACGCUGCGGCUGGCCACGCCCUCUCCGGCCCCUGGGAGUCAGCUGACCCUUCUGGCCCCGCCACUGACCCCUUAGACCCCGCCCCCAACACCAUGGACCUGCCCACUAACUCCCUGGACUCCUCCUCCACACACGUUACCAUGGAGAUUAAGGAGGAGGAAGAGGGUGGGGCUGUGGUAGUCCCUGCCCCCUCGCCUCCCGUGGCCUCUGAGGACACUCAGAUUGAGGGGGGGAGGUCCCAGGCCCAGAAUCAGGGCGGGGCUGAUGGGGAGGAAGGGCCAGACGAAGCCACGCCCUGCCCGUCUGUGAAGUGUGAGAGUGAGGAGUGGACUCAGCCUGGUGGGGACAUUCCCUGUGCAGACUCAGAAGACAGCUCAGCCUCGGGGAAAGACUCCAGGGAGGUGAAGGAGGAGGACGGGGCGAGCGACGCGGACGAGGGCAGCGUGUCGGAGAUGAAGGAGUGCGGGGAGGGGGAGGGGGACGGGGCGUACCUGUCGGAGCUGGAGCCGGCGGCGAGCGAGAGUGAGGACGGCUUCAGCCUGCCCACCCCCUCCCUGCAGCGCUACGCCGCCGCAGACUCCGCCCCCAGCAGCCCCGCGUCCUCCCAGUUCUCGAUGUGCAGUGAGGACCAGGAGGCCAUCCAGGCGCAGAAGAUCUGGAAAAAAGCCAUCAUGCUGGUGUGGCGCGCGGCAGCCAAUCACAGGUAUGCCAGUGUGUUCCUGCAGCCCGUGUCUGAUGACAUCGCCCCCGGCUACCACAGCAUUGUACACAGGCCCAUGGACCUGUCCGUCAUCAAGAAGAACAUCGAGGCGGGCCUGAUCCGCACCACGGCGGAGUUCCAGCGCGACAUCAUGCUGAUGUUCCAGAACGCGGUGAUGUACAACAGCUCGGACCACGACGUGUACCACAUGGCCCUGGAGAUGCAGCGCGACGUCCUGGAGCAGAUCCAGCAGUUCCUGGCCACGCAGCUCAUCAUGCAGACCUCCGAGUCCGGCAUCAGCGCCAAGAGCCUGCGGGGACGCGAGUCCGCCCGGAAGGACUCCACCGACAAGGACAGUGUCCCCAUGGCCUCUCCUGCUUUCCUUCUCUCUCUCUUUGACUCUCUGUACCAGCGGGCGUGUGAGGGGACGUGGCUCGCAGAUUUUGACGACGGCAGCACAGGAAGUGACGCUGACGUGGGGGCGGGGCCUGUGGGAAGCCCAGCCCAAUCAGAGACAGACAGGGAGAGCCUGACACACGGAGAGGGAGGGAGAGAGGAAGGAGUGGACAUUGAGGAGGGAGGAGCAGAGAGGGGGAAUGAGAGCCCUGAGACUGAGGAGGAGGAGGAAGAGGAGAGAGGGGGAGAGAGUGAGGGAGAGGAGAUGGAAGAGGAUGGGGUGACCCGGAGCGAAGCGGGAACUGAUACCCUCGAGGCCGGGGAUCUGGAAGCGGCUGGGACGGACCACUGUAUCUCUGAGCAGGGGAGUCCCUACAGCCAGGACAGACCCCCCCGUUCCACAGAGAGCCCGGGAAAGCGAUCCUCCUGCCAGGAUUUUCGGAAACUCCUGAGGGACAUCUGCAAUGACAUCUCCGGACACAAGUACGCUGAACUGUUCCUGAGGCCCGUCAACGAGAAGUUCGCUCCCCAGUACUACUCUGUCGUCAAGAGGCCGGUGGACCUGCAGACGCUGCGUCGGGGCGUGUCGCGGGGGGGGGUGGACUCCCUGCAGACCCUGAACCACAGGCUGAUGCUGAUGUUCCAGAACGCCCUCAUGUUCAACAGCCACGACAGCCAGGUGUACCAGGGCGCCCGCGCCAUGCAGAGGGAAGUGCUCCGCCACGUACAGAUGCUGAUCGAUGAAGUUCAGGCACGUGACCAGAGUGGCUCCACCCCCUAACGCCAGCAACGGUUGGCAAGAGUGUCAGGGAUAGCUUUCUUUUUACACGCACACACACACACACACACACACACACACAAACUGUCAUUUCUGCUGUCGUUGUGUUCGAUAACAUUUCAACCCAGGUAAUAUUGCAGAUAUGUAGAUAAAGAAAAUAGUUUUAUUUUUUAUACAGAUACUGUGUCCAUUCUGGACACACAUUUGAUUCGAUGUACAUGUGAAAGAUUAAUUAUUAAUAUUAUUUUGGCUAGUGGACCAUAGGUAAUUUGCCAGUGAGAUUUUAUUUGGGGGAAAAUAAUAAACCUUUGAAGAAUUGUG